AAACUCUUGCACUUCUCAUUCAACGUGCAGAUUCGGUAGAGAGCAGACGCAAAAUUCAAGUGCUCAAAAGUGAAAAAUUUUAAGUCGUGAAGAUCAUCGGUAGCUACAUUGAUUGAAGAUUCAAGAUCUUUAGGAUACCAGCAAGAAAUACAGAAGCGAAAUGUGUGACCCAUGCUGCGAUGCUGUGUGUGGACCGUGCGGUCCUUGCGGCCCGUGUGGUCCAUGUGAUCCUUGUGGACCAUGUGGUCCGUGUGGCCCUUGUGCUCCGUGCGGUCCAUGUGGCCCUUGUGGUCCUUGUGGACCCUGUGCACCUUGUGGUCCGUGUGAUCCUUGCAGUGAACCUCGAAGCUUCAGCGCCGGUCAACUUGCAUGCAUGCCUCAAUGUCCCACCGGAUGUCCUCCGCCAACCUGUGGUCCAAGAUUCGUCACAGUUCAGCAACCCCCUCGGCUAGUAUCCCAGAAGAAGGUCAUCAACUGUACCCGCACGGUUAUCGACAAGCACGUCCUGCCGCAGACCAAGGCCAUUGUGGAACCGAAGCUCAUCUACCAACCGAAAACGAUUGUGGAGCCGUGCGUUAUCUUCAAGAAACGCGUUGUCCCCGAACCGAAAGUUAUCUACUACAGGCGCACGGUUCCAGAUCCGAAGGUCGUAUGUACGCAGCGGGUCAUCGUGGAGCCGAAGGAGUACUGCACUACGAUGGUGUGCCAACCGAAGCCACAGAUUGUACCGGUUCCACCGGCGAAAGAGUACUGCUGCAUGUCAACCGGGACGACGUUCUUCAACAAUGCAUGCUGCCCUCCCACUCCGGGACCAAUAUGCCCACCCAGAAAGUGUUGAGAAAACAAAUCAGGCCCUCAUCAGUUUUUCAUUGUGCACGGUAAUCCUCCAACUGGUAGCAACACACCAGUUUUCGUCUAACAAUACUUCAACAUGACUGAAUGAUAUGAUUUGACUCUUUUUGGUAAUAAAUAUUUGAAUGAAAAA